AUGAAACAACAACUAACUCAAAAGAGGUUUCUCCUUGUUUUAGACGACGUGUGGAAUGAAAAUUUUAUGCUAUGGGAGGCCUUGCAAUCACCAUUUAAUCAUGGGGCUCUAGGAAGCAAAAUUCUUCUAACCACCCGCAGUGGAAAAGUUGCUUCAACCAUGCGUUCUGCUAAUAUACUUCAAUUGAAGCCGUUAUCAGAAGGAGAUAGUUGGUCAUUAUUUAGUAGAUAUGGAUUCCAUGAUGGAAAUGUUCAUUGUGCAAACUCCGACUUUGAAGAAAUUGGUAGAAAAAUCAGUAAAAAAUGCAAAGGGCUGCCUUUGGCUUUGAAAGCCAUUGGGAGUCUCUUGUACACAGAAUCAUCAUUGAGCAAUGGAAUGAAAUUUUGGAAAGUGAGAUAUGGGAGGACAAAAGUGAUAGCAAGAUUCUCCCUGCUUUGA